GCCAAUGUAAAUAAUAUCUCAAGGAACACGGUGUCGCGGGACUACAUUGUGGCCGGGUUACAUGUACAUUCGCCCACACCUACCAUCCGCUUUCUGCCAAUUGUCAACAACUCCAUAGUUGGACUUUCCUACAUUAGUGUGCUGUUAUCAUUACGUCAUUUCCUAAUGCAGCCACGAGUAUAUAAGCACACUUGAAUUGGAUAGUAGUCAGUCAAGAGAGCCAGCGAGAAUAAACGAGAUGAUGGAACAUCAGUGUAUCAGCUCAACGAUUUUGGUCUCUUUGCUGCUCCUAAUAGCAGUUACAUCAAGUGCAGAAACUUCAGAUAACAAGGGAUGUUGUGGUGGAGUCCCAGGCGUGCCUGGCUCUCCUGGAUCACCAGGUCCUUUGGGAUCUUCUGGAAAAGAUGGUAGAGAUGGAAGAGAUGGAACGAGAGGUGAGAAAGGUGAUCGUGGUGAAGCAGGAGCUCAAGGACCUAAAGGAGCAAGUGGCAAAAUUGGUCCACAAGGACCAAAAGGAGAUUUGGGAGGGAAAGGAGAAAAGGGAGAAGCGUCUCACCAACUAAACUGGAAGCAAUGUGUGUGGAAGAGGAAUGAUGACAAAGAUGUUGGACUUAUUCAGGAAUGUCGCUUUAAGAAGAAGUACGGACACACUGCACUGUACGUGGCCUAUGCAGGAACUUUGCGUAUCAUUGGUUCCAAUCGUUGUUCUCGUUGGCAUUUUACAUUGAAUGAUCGAGAGUGCACAGGACCGAUGACAAUUGACGCAAUCGAUUAUACUGGUAACAGUAACAACAUUCAUCGUCACAGACAAGUUGAGGGCUACUGCGAAAACAUUGCAGCAGGUGACAUCAGAGUGGGUUUCCAUAUUGGAAAGUGUGUCGGUUACACAUUGGCAGAUGGCUACACUGGAUGGAACUCCGUUUCUCGAAUAAUAGUAGCAGAGAUGUCACCAGCUCAACAGUAACUUUGACGCCUCAAUUAAGCUGACUUUUGGGUUUUUGUAAGACUUGUCUUAUUGUUUGCAUGAAUUAGUUUCUAGAGAUGCAGUUUUGUGCAAUCUGUGCGAGAGCAUCCUCUUCUUUGCAUGCUGUAGUUUAGCAUUACCACUCUUGUAUGUAUGCAAUAAUCAAUAUAAUUUUUUUCUCAUGAGCCA